GAAAUGAAAUCCCCAAACGUUGCAUUGCAUCACUUCCUUUAUCAUUUAUUCUCACUCAUUCAUUCAGACUUUUUCACAAACACUUAGAAGAAGAAGAAGAACGAAAGAAAGAACGUUGUAAAGAGAGAGGGUGGCGACGGUGGAAGAAGAAGAAGGAGGAGAGAGGCGCAACGGUCGUCUCCACGUGUUUCUUUCGUCUCUCUUUUCAACCAUUGGCGGCGUUUUCGCCACUUCUUUUCAUCAACAAGAUACCAUGGCUUCUUCGAUGGCUCUCCCUAUCGAUCAACAACAACAACAACCACCUAGUGGUGAGAAUGAGAAAAAGGUUAUUGUGGCAGCAGCAGAAGGGAGGAACAAUAGGCGUGCAUUACAAGACAUUGGUAAUCUUGUGGCUAAGCAAGCAGAACAAAAUGUGACAAAGCGCAACACAAGAAACUUUUAUGCUAAUGACCAAGCUGCAGCAGAGAAGAACAAGAAAUCAAGCACUGAACUUGUGAUUGGAGCAGCAGUGGUUCCAGCUAAUGGGGUUGAUGUGAGGAACUUCAUUGUUGCAACAAAGUUAGAAGCAGAUAAGAAGCCACCAACAGAACAUGAAGUCAUUGUCAUCAGCUCAGAUGAUGAAUCCGAGGAAGAAAAGAAGAAGAAGCCACAAGCUGCUAAAGGAAGAAAGAUAAGGGAAAGGGUAACCAGGAAAAAUGCUAAGGCUUUCAGUUCAGUCCUCUCGGCUAGAAGCAAGGCUGCUGGACUCACUUAUAUGCCAAAGGAAGUGGUGAACAUUGAUGCAACUGACAUGGACAAUGAAUUGGCAGCAGUGGAGUACAUUGAUGACAUAUACAAGUUCUACAAACUCACUGAAGAUGAUGGUCGUGUGCAUGAUUAUAUGGGUUCACAGCCUGAUAUAAACGCCAAGAUGAGAUCAAUCCUUGUGGACUGGUUGAUAGAAGUGCAUAGAAAAUUUGAACUAAUGCCAGAAACUCUCUAUCUGACCCUCAACAUUGUUGAUCGGUUUCUGUCCAUGAGGGUUGUUCCAAGAAGGGAGCUUCAGCUGGUUGGCAUAAGUUCAAUGCUGAUUGCUUGCAAAUAUGAAGAAAUCUGGGCUCCAGAGGUGAAUGACUUUGUUGUCAUAUCAGACAAUGCCUAUAUUAGAGAACAAGUUUUGGUCAUGGAGAAAACAAUCCUGGGAAAGCUUGAAUGGUACCUAACGGUUCCCACACCCUAUGUGUUCCUUGUUCGGUAUAUCAAGGCCUCCACUCCCUCUGAUGAUGAGAUGGAGAAUAUGGUGUUCUUCCUUGCUGAACUUAGCAUGUUGCACUAUCCUACUAUUAUCUCCUAUAGUCCUUCUGUGAUUGCUGCUUCUGCUGUGUAUGCUGCAAGAUGUACCCUUAAAAGGGUUCCUUCUUGGACUGAAACUCUUGAACACUACACAGGCUACUCUGAGGAAAACAUAAGAAAUUGUGCCAAACAAAUGGUAAACUUUCAUGUUGCUGCUCCAGAAAGCAAGCUUAGAGCAGUUUACAAGAAAUUCAGCAGCAUGGAUCGCAGUGCUGUUGCUCUUCUUACCCCGGCAAAGAACUUGCUAGCACAAUCUUGAACAGCUAGUGUCAAGAACUGUGAAUUUUCUUUUAAUGUUUUUUGGAUGAUUGUAUUUACCCAGCUUAUGAGUCUUUUAAUGUCUUUUGUUCAGGGAGAUCAUUGUUGUUAUGAUCUUUAGGAAGAUAUUAUCUGGGAAGUUUGAGUUUGCUAGAUAUGAUUCUUAUUAUGUAAAGCAGAAUUUGGAUGAUAUGGUGUGUGUUUUGGAUAUGAAAAAUUGUGUGUAGCUAAUGGAAUUAGUAUUUUCUUUUUUCUUUAACACCUAAUUUUGGUGGUUGAGUGAGUUAAGAAUAUAUCUUUCUUUUUUGA